AUGGAUGUCUAUGGCAAUGACCCGAUGAUGAUGGAUGGCGACUCGGUCAAGCCGAUGGAGGUCAAGAUCACAGAGGCCGACAGCCAUCACGUCAAUUUCAACCUCGCCAACGUCGACCUUUCCCUCGCCAACGCGUUACGUCGCAUCAUCCUCGCCGAAGUCCCGACGAUCGCUAUUGACCUGGUUGAAAUCGAGGAAAACAGUAGCGUUCUGGCCGACGAGUUCAUCGCCCAUCGCCUGGGCCUCAUCCCACUCAACUCCAAGAACGCCGACGACGUCAUCUAUACCCGCGACUGCGAGUGUGAACAGUACUGCGAGCUCUGCAGCAUUAAGCUCACCCUACAUGCGAAGUGUACCACCCAUGGCGAGAUCAUGAAGGUCUACGCCCGUGACCUCGUCGUCGACGCCAUGCGACCCAACGAGUGGGUUGGCUCACCUGUCAUCAACGAUCCCGAUGGGCAGGGCCCUCUCAUCGCGAAAUUGCGGGAUGGCCAGGAGCUGAGGUUAAAAUGCAUUGCGAAGAAGGGCAUGGCCAAGGAACAUGCCAAGUGGGCCCCAACCGCGGCUGUGGGCUUCGAGUACGAUCCUCACAACAAGCUGGGCCACACCGAUCUGUGGUUUGAGGGCAAGGGCGAGGGUGCGAAGCCAGAGGACGAGUGGCCUCGAAGCAAGUACGCAGACUUUGAAGAGCCUCGCCAACCAGCCCAGGCAUUUGACUGGGAUGCGGUACCCGGCAAGUUCUACUUUGAGGUUGAGAGCGCAGGAAAUCUGGAGCCCGACGCGAUCAUCGCGCAGGGCAUCGCUGUCAUGCAGCAGAAGCUUGCGGGUCUAAUCCACGGGCUGACGGAGGAUGAGACUAGUGGUGACUACGCCGGCCCUCGAAGCCCCGAGUUUGGUGGCGGAGAUGGCUGGGGUCAAGACCAGGGCUAUACGACUCCAUUUGUGGGUGGCGGCACGACACCUUAUGCCACAACGCCUUUCAAUGUCCCGGGAGGGUAUUAA